UGAUUACGUAGCGGGCGGGGCCGGAAGUGCCGCUCCCUAGUGGGGGCUGUUCAUGGCGGUUCCGGGGUCUCCAACCUUUCUCGUAGUUGUGGUCCUAAAUACGUCGGAAGCGGAGGCGGCGAAGCUUGAGGUUCUUGCUGGUGUGAAAUGACUGAGUACAAACUGGUGGUGGUUGGAGCAGGUGGUGUUGGGAAAAGCGCACUGACAAUCCAGCUAAUCCAGAACCACUUUGUAGAUGAAUAUGAUCCCACCAUAGAGGAUUCUUACCGAAAACAGGUGGUUAUAGACGGUGAAACCUGUCUGUUGGAUAUACUGGAUACAGCUGGUCAAGAAGAGUACAGUGCCAUGAGAGACCAAUACAUGAGGACAGGCGAAGGCUUCCUCUGUGUAUUUGCCAUCAAUAAUAGCAAAUCAUUUGCAGACAUUAACCUCUACAGGGAACAGAUUAAGCGAGUUAAAGAUUCAGAUGAUGUACCUAUGGUGCUAGUAGGAAACAAGUGUGAUUUGCCAACAAGGACAGUUGACACAAAACAAGCCCAUGAACUGGCCAAGAGUUAUGGGAUUCCAUUCAUUGAAACCUCAGCCAAGACCAGACAGGGUGUUGAGGAUGCCUUUUACACACUGGUAAGAGAAAUACGUCAGUACCGAAUGAAGAAACUCAACAGCAGUGAUGAUGGGACUCAAGGUUGUAUGGGGUUACCAUGUGUGGUGAUGUAACAAGACACUUUUAAAGUUCUAGCAUCAGAAAAGAGCCACUGUCAAGCUGCACUGACACCCUGGUCCUGACUUCCCUGGAGGAGAAGUAUUCCUGUUGCUAUCUUCAGUCUCACAAAGAAGCUCCUGCUACUUCCCCAACUCUCAGUAGAUCAGUACAAUGUUCUCUAUUUGAGAAGUUCUCCGAACAACUACCUCCUCACUUGGUUGUCUGACCAGAGAAAUGAACCUCUUGUUCCUUCCCGCUGUUUUUCCACCCUGAGUUCUCCCCCAACACACAUAAACAAACCUCUGCCAUCCCAGGUUUUUCAUCUGAAAAAUAAUUCAUGCUCUGAAACAGAGAACAAAACUGUAGACAUGAAAUUCUGUAGGAAACAAGGUCUUGAGCUCAAAAGUAGCAACUGCUGGUGACCUUUUUUUCCCCCCUUUUUACUGUUGAACUUGGAACUAUGUUGGUUUUUGGAGAAAUGUCAUAAGUUACUGUUUUGCUGAGAAUAUAGUUAAGUUGACAUUUGGUUUGUUUGUAAUAUUAGCUAUUUUCUAUAAAUUGGCAUCUGCUCUGCAUUCAUAAAUACACGAGUGAAUUCUGACUUUUGAGUCUAUCCUAGUGUUCUUGACUUUCACAUAAUUAAAUCUAACUCUUGCAGCAAAGUGCCUUUUUCUUAGAAGUGGUUUGUAGACUUGCUUUAUAAUACUUCAGUGGAAUAGAUGUCUCAAAAACCAUAAUACAUGGAAAUGAAUGUCUGAGACACACCUAUAACCUGUCUACCUUUAAGGGAAAGACAUACCGAUGUGAUAGCAGAUGCCAUUUCUUAUGUGUAUGAAGUUGGAUUUCCAGAGACCUGAUUUGGGUCUCUUCCAAGAGAAAGGUGAAACUGGAAACAAUUAUGAAUAAUUUCACUUAAUUUUUACUUAAUCUCUACUUUGGGGGAGGGCAGGGGGUAGGUUACCACUUACAAAAAUGUAUGCAAUUUGUUUCUUCUAGCUUACUGAUAAUGAACUUCCAUUCAUAUUUAAAUUUAGGUCAUAUAUGAAAGCUCUGCAUUUGCUGCAGGUGUUCAAAAUUGUAACACUUUAAUGCAGUUUUAUUUAAUAGCUAUGAUUAAUGAUUUUCAAGCCUCAGAUGUAUUAAAACAAAUUUUCACAGAAUAUCAUGGUAUUUUAAUUAUGUAUAUAAUUGCCCUCAUUCCCUUUCUCACCCCACCCUGUCCCUCACCCCACCACAGUGGCGGCUUGGUGUUUCAGUUGAGUAAAGCAUGGUGCUAAGAGCCCAGGGUCACAGUUUCAAAACUUGAGCAAGCCAAUUAGCAUCACAGAGAGAGAAAUCCUCCCAUGUUUGCUUAUUGCACCAAUAACUCCAGCUAGUAGUUUUGCCAGAUGCAUAAUGUUAGUCCUGUAAGGAAGGAAGAGGUCAGUUAGCACAAAUCCUUUACCAUGCAUGACUGGAAAACUUGCCAUCUUGAGGAGGGUCAACCUAGAGGUUUUUAUAUAUAAAGUUUUUAGACUUUUUUCAGCCAUGUGGAAACUCUGAAUUAAACCAAUUCUUUUUUCGUUAUUUUGAAAAUGAUGCCUCAGAUCAAAAAUUUUUAAAUUAUCUCUAUUCAUAAUAUUCUUUGAAGGGUUCAAAACAGGAUGUUGAUGAAUUAAUCUGUGCAUACCAGAUAUAAUAAGCUGAUGAGUUUGUUCAAAACAAGGAUAGCCUUUCUAUUGAAAUUGCUGUUUGAGAAGGCAAUGGAAAAUAGAAUUAAUUGCUAGUUAUGAGGAUUUGGAGGUAGAGCUUUUCUGUUUGCAGAUAAUUUCAUGGUAAUUCUAAUGAAAAAUAGACUUGGAAAACUUUUGGUGAAAAAGACUAGUUCCAAAAUGGCUACUUUCUGUUCUGGUCUUCUGAUGUGUAAAUAUUUAGUGAGGUCCUCCAUCUUCUAAAAUGAAUUUUCCUAUAAGUAAACUCCACAUUGCCUUGAAAUGAAUUCUGCAGAGGGGAAGAAACAUCAACUGUGCCCAGAGUGGAAUAAAUCCAGAGAGUUGUGUUCCUCAGUAAUUUUGAGAGCUUUCACAUAUAGUCAACACCUGUAGACAGAAACUCGGCUGCUCUGUUUCCACUUCUCGUGGAACCUAGAUUGAGCCUUAUCACCUCUGUCCUUGUCAUUGUCUUCCACCACCUCCUCUGCUCUGUGUGACUGACAGUAGGAUUCUUUUUUUAAAUAUCAAAUUUAGGGGAAAAGAUACUCAUUUUAGCCCUAAUAAGGAUGUACUUUACGUUUUUUUUCAAGUAUGUUCUAAGCACAGAAGUAUAUAAAUGGGGCCAAGAUUCAGACUUCAAAAUGUUCUUUUAAUAGCUUCUUAAGAAGUUAGGUGUAGGUGUGAAUUUUGGCACAAUAGAGUGACAGACUUACAGUUAAAUGCUGAAUGACUUCAGUUGGUGUGAAAUAAAGUGUUGUUUUUAGAAUAUGUUUGUAAUUGCUGAAAACAACUGCAGUUUACCUCAAAAUCUGAAGAGUCUCUUUCCCCAAGUUAAGUGCCUGGCCAGCUGUUAUGAAUUACAUACUGCUUUGUGUGUGUUUGUGUUUUAAAGGUUGCACCUUCAAGAGUGUGAAAAUAAGAUGCUCUGUCUAAAGGCUACCAUGCCUAAUCUGUAAAUGAAACUGUUGUGCUGUAUUUGCUCCAGCAGCAUACUCUAGAAUGUUACUUGCUAAUAUAAUAUCAUACUUAUUACAGUUUUCACUUUGGUGUAAUAGAUAAAAUUAUUUCCGGUAUGUAUUUUAGUGGGCCCAUGUUUAGUCUUUCAUCAUCCUUUAAACUGCUGUGAAUUUUUUGUCUUGACUUGAAAGCAAGGAUAGAGAAACACUUUAAAGAGAUAUUUUGGUUUUUUUCCCAUUCCAGAAUUUGUGAGCAUAGUCAUAUUUUGCUUUACAUUUACAGUCAUAAACUCUCAAGCUGGCAGCUACAACCAAGAACCAAAAAAUGGUGCAUCCUGCUUCUUGUAAUUCAUCUCUGCUAAUAAAUUAUGAGAAGCAAGGAUAAUUAAUUAGGGAAAAUAUGUUAUUUAGGUGGUUUCUAUAAGCAAGGGACUAUAAUUCUUGUACAUUAUUUUUCAUCUUUGCUGUUUCUUUAAGCAGUCUAAUGUGCCACAAAAUUAUUUUUUAAGGUGUUUCCUGUAAGGAUUGUUUUAAAGGUGUUCUCAUUAUGAGUAGUUGUAGAUAUGUUUCAAAAUAUAACUGGUGAUUUUUAAAGGCCUGAGUACUGACCUAAGAAGCAAUUAUAUGAAUUCUACUCUGGAGGGAAGAGAGGAUGUUAAUGGAAAUUGUUUGACUUUUACAUUUCUGUGCCAUCGAAUAUAGGUAAAAAUACCAAUUGUGCAAUUCUGCUGUUUAAACAGAAACUAUUGGCCUCCUUGGCCCUAAAUAAAAGGGGCUGAUAUUUUAAGUUGACUAUUUUAUUGUAAAUUAAUCCAUCCUAAUUUUUAAAAAUUGAUUGAAUGUUUUUCUUGUUAAAUGUUUAAAAAUAAAAACUGGAAGUUC